GACUAUUAUAACUGAUACACAAACGAUAUGUGUAUUGGGUAUUCCGAGAUAGACAUUGGACUGCCUGUCUAGGGUGUGGACGAUAUGUGUAUUGGGUAUUCCGAAAUAGACAUUGGACUGCCUGUCUAGGGUGUGGACGAUAUGAAGGAGCAGACCCUGGAACUAAUAAGACGCUGAUUGUUGCUGAUACCCAAGUAUGGCCGAUAUCCAGAGACAAGCAAAGGUUUCGACCUUGCACAAGUUAUACGGUGAUAGAUACAACCAGGCAGAGGCAACGUGUUUACUGAAACACCACGACUGGGACGAAAGGGAGACAAUUAACUUCAUACAGGAAAGUGAACCACGUGACGUUCGUAAACUGAUACAGCGACUUUCGGGGAACGAGACUUCAGAAAUCCAGAAAGAUGAGGACUUGGUUCGGUCUGUAACCAAAGGUUUGACGACCGACAUGAGACAGUUUUCCUGUUCUCCAUGUGACCAGGUCUGGUGGCGGACAGUGCCUAUCAACAAACCGGUGUCGAAAUGCAAACUCUGCAAGACCAAGUAUGACCCUGUACCUAAAGAAAUGAUGUGGGGAUGGGCGAUAUUCAAAUGUGAAUGCGGGAAAGAAUUCAGUGGUUUUGGUCAGAUGGGUGUAACGCGAAGUGAGUGUUACCAGUGUGGACUCUCGCCGUAUCCGUCCACCAUCCGCCCACCAAACCGACGACGGACACCAAAGUCCAAGCUAAAACAUAAAUGUGACGCACCAGAUUGUCCAGGAUGUGGCCACUCCGGAAACGAUACAGAAGAGGAUAUGGUGAAGAAAUGCGUGCAUCCCCGAUCUAGAGUGGGGAAGCCUAAAGUGAUGUUUUCCAGUGAAGCUCACGUCAGCACUGGCUCCACAAUCUCGUCAUUCCGAGAUCAGGAUGAACUUUGUUCAGCCAUGUACAACACCUCUCUUUCCUCUAUUAGAGAAAACCUGAAGUGAAGGGCACCUGAUAGUUGAUUCGAUAACGGACGUUUAUCCUACUUGGUACAUGAGUGUUAACAUCAUUAAGUUGACUACAUGUUAACAUCAUUAAGUUGACUACAUGUUAACAUCAUUAAGGUCACUACAUGUUUUAAGAUAUUUGAGUAAUUAUCAUAAGCUGAAAUAAGAUCAGUAUCAUAACUAGUCAAUAAAGCUGGCCAACAAAUUAGAUUGAUAUCUGGUCAUUCAACACCUCAUCACUUAUAAUAUCAAUAUACACGAAUGAAAACUAAACAAUUGGACGACUUUUGCACCGUAUAUAUUUAGAUUAUUUCGUUAGAUAUAAAUCUUAAUAUGAACAAAUAAUCAAGAUCAAUUAUUGUAUGCCUUAUUAAAAUCAUACCUGAUGAUUUUAUGUAAAAAUUUGAUCAUUAAAAUGUGUUAGAGACCAA